AUGAAGGGUCCAUCGGAGGUGACGGAUUUUCGUAACAGCGUCGAGUUGGCAAACGCGGUUGCUGUGAACGAAAAACAUGGCACUCAUAGCGAUGAGGUUGACAUGGAUCGCAUGGGCAAGAUCCAGGUCUUGAGGCGACAAUUCAAAUUCCUGUCCAUCUUCGGCUUCGCCGUGAUUCUUGGCUGCAGUUGGGAAUAUGCUUUGAUAGGUGUUGGCAUUUCUCUCUUCAAUGGCGGACCAGCUGGUGGAAUCUGGAUGUUGGUCGUAGUUUGCACUGGCAUGUUCUUUGUCACGCUUUCAUUUGCUGAAAUGGUGUCGAUGGCUCCGACAGCUGGUGGCCAGUACCACUGGGUCUCUGAACUCGCACCUAAAAAGCACCAAAAAUUACUCAGCUAUAUCGUUGGCUGGCUUUGUGUUAUUGGAUGGCAGGUGGGCAUGGCUAGCACAGCUUAUGCAGUAGCCCAGCAGAUCCAAGGCCUCAUCGCGCUGAACAUGCCAAACUACGUCAUCCAAGGCUGGCAUGGCACCCUCCUCUCCAUUGGAAUUACCGUUGUCUCGAUCGUAUGCAACACCAUUCUCGUGAGAAAGCUUCCACUUAUGGAGGGUCUUGCACUUGUUCUCCAUAUCUUCGGUUUCUUCGCCUUUGUCGUCGUACUGUGGGUUAUGGGCCCCCGAUCUGAUAAAGUCUGGACGAAGUUUGAAAACCCCAGCGGCUGGGGCAGUACUGGCCUUGCUACACUGGUUGGAAUAUCUGGUCCUAUGAUCACCAUAGGAGGUGCUGACUUGGCCGUCCAUUUAGCCGAAGAAGUAAAGGAUGCCGCGUGGGUUUCUCCUAGGGCAAUGGUUACGACAGCCUUAGUGAACUACACUCUGGCCUUUGUCAUGACAGUCACUGUAUUCUCCACGCUAGGCAAUGACCUUGCAGCGAUUCUCCCGACUCCACUUGGCCAGCCAUGGAUCCAGAUCCUCUUGAAUGCGACUGAAUCAAAGGUUGCCACCAACAUUAUGACGGUGGCUAUAUGCUUCCUGCUUUUGUUCUGUUCGGUCAAUCAAGUAACCGCUGCAUCGCGCCAGCUCUGGUCGUUUGGGCGCGAUGAAGGGCUUCCAUUCUCAGCUUGGCUUGCUUAUGUACCUCCAAACUGGGAUAUCCCAUUAAAUGCAGUGAUUCUGACGCUAAUAGCGACAUCGUUAGUAUGCCUUAUCAUAAUCGGCUCAUCGAUUGCCUUCAACAUCAUCAUAUCGCUCGGAGGUAUUGCCAUUUUCGUCUCCAACCUUAUCGUCAUCGGCUGCAUGUUCCGGAAGCGCGUCUACGGAGAGCCUCUUCUUCCCUCCCGGUUCGAUCUCGGCAGAGCGGGUUUAGUGGUGAACGGAAUAGCCAUGUGCUACCUUGUCCUCAUCGUGGUUUUCCUUGCAUUCCCAACCGUACCGAACCCGUCACUGAUCCAAAUGAACUGGUCGUCGCCCAUAUUUGGAUGCUUUGUUAUAUUCUCGAUGGGCUACUACUACGUUUUCGGUAGACACAACUACAAAGGCCCUGUUGAGUAUGUCAAGGAAUAA